AUGGAAGAGUACGACCGCAGCGCGCCGCUAUUUGAUCGGCGUUUCCACGUGUUAGUGCAAUACCCUGACCGUGACGAAAAGUUGUUGCCACUUACGAUUCGACUAUUGACGGGUUCUCGUCAAAACAAUGCCAAGAACCAGAAGGCACGAGUUAUGCGCGUGGAAAUUACAGACGAUGAUGGUGUAGAUCCGUACUUUCUUUAUUUAUGGAGCGUCUCAGAGGAAGAGUUUCAUGAGCUAAAGGCACAGCAGAGACUGCUCGUGGAUUUUGUAACGUUUCCAGCAAACCUUAUUGAGUUGCUUCAAUGUUGCCUUAAAGACAGCAAAACAGUUGUACAUGAGGACAAGAAGGACGAUAUGGAAGAAGAUGAAGCUGUGAUGAUAACGAGAGGAGUCCAGGAGACUCAACAUAACCAGAAAACAAGGUCCGCUGGACCACUUCCAUUGAGCUAUUUAGCAGUGUUGAACACGUUGGAUAGUAAUGGUCAAUCAGUGUUUAGCAUUGUGGAGACGAAUCCGUUCAAGCAAUUGACACAUUUAUCGUUGAGGUUUUUACCAGGUGAUGACACUGCGAUUAAGGCUUAUCUUGCAGCGCGGUUGACGCAAGUGGAGGCAACUAGACGUUCACUGUCGACAGCAUUAAAACAGACGAGUGAAGAGCUGCAGGUUGUGCAGGCCAGUGGAAUGAAACUUCAGCAGCAAUUGACGUCUUUGAGCUGUGACGCAGAGUCAAAGCUUUCACAGGAAAAGAUAAAGUUUGCGGAUGAGUUGAAUGCUCAGCGCCGAGAAGCCGCAAUUGCAUUAAAAGCGCGUGAAGACGAGCUUAACGCUAAAAUUGACGCACUUGUGGAGAGAUACGAAAAGGAGCUCCAAGCACUGAAAGCAGCAGCUGAGGCAAGUGAGUUGCAAGUGCAAGAUCUGACAAAGCAAAAGUAUCAGCACGAAAUGCAGAUUGAUCAUUUACGCGCUCAGUCACAAGAUCUCAGUCAAAGCAGAAGCGCGCUGUCAGGUGAAGUGGAUGAGCUGCGCAUCCAAAAUAAAGAUUUGGACCAAAAAGUCUUCCAACAGGAAAAGCGGAUCAAUGGUCUCCAGGUACGCGUAGAUGCACUGCAACAGCAGCUUGCAGAUAAGGAGGAUGUGAUCAAGAAGACCACAGAUCUCUUGCAGUCAGCAAAGGUACACAACGAGGAGGUUGAUGAAUCAUUGAAGAUGUAUCGAGAUAACCAUGCAAGGCUCCAGCAGAAGCUUGAGUUAAGUAUCUCGGAGAUCAAUAAGGGAAAUGAUAUCAUCGAACGUAUACAAAACGAAAAUCGUACGCUGAAGUCCAAGAUGCGGAUAAAAGCUAAGAUUAUUAAGCAGCAGGAACAGUUUGUUGAGGAAAAACAACUUCAGCGUGAAGAAGCGCUAUUGGAGCUCAAGUCGACCAAGGAAGAUAUUCGCAAGCGAGACGAUCAUAUUUUGCAGUUGAAGGCUACAAUAAAGGAAUUGAGCCAAAAACUUGAGGAUAGCAACAAGUUACUGGCAUCGAACCAACAAGUAAUUACAUGGCUGAACAAAGAGAUCAACGAAGCACAGCUUGGUCACCAGCGCAGAUCGACUGCACACCCAUCUGUGCUUGCAUUUCAUCCAUCAGACAAGGUGAUUAGUAACCCCUGA